AUGACGUCGCUGGCUUCGAGAAUUCAAUCUAUUGCUGCAUCCACCUAUGCUGGUACAAAUGCCAAACAAGAAGAGAUUAAAAAAACUCUGAGAUUCCCUCAAUAUGCUCCUGGCUGGGAUCCAAAAGAAAAAUUUCCACCUUACGAGGUUAUUGAAUUCGAAGACAAGGGUCUUAAGGCAGACCCUGAACUCAAGAAUCUGUUCCCAAACGGACUACCAAACUCCCAUGCUGAGCAGAGAGCGUCCACCUCGGAGAAGAUUGUAAAAUAUGGCUACUCAGUAUCUGACUUGACUCCGAAAUUUGGCUCUGAAGUUCGUGGUAUUCAACUGUCUCAAUUAAGUGAUGAAGCAAAGAAUGAUCUAGCUAGAUAUGUCGCUGAGAGAGGAGUCGUUGCAUUCAGAAACCAGGACUUCCGAGAAUUGCCUAUUCCCCAAGCUUUGAAAUGGGCAGAGUACUUUGGCAGACAACAUAUCCAUCCAACGUCUGGAUCACCCGAAGGAUAUCCAGAAGUCCAUCUCGUCCAUCGUGCACCUGGAAAUACUUCAUACCAAGAUUUCUAUGCUCAGAAUAUUUCGUCGAUUGCAUGGCAUUCUGACGUUACUUAUGAACUUCAGCCUCCUGGUACAACCAUCUUGGGUAUUCUGGAAUUACCUCCUACCGGUGGUGACACCUUGUUUGCUGACACUGAAGAGAUUUAUAAUAGAUUAUCUCCUGCUUUUAAGUCCAGGUUAAACGGUUUAAGGGCUGUUCAUUCUGCUCACGAACAAGCUCAGCAGUCUGCUGCAAGAGGUGGAGUGGUAAGAAGAGAACCCAUAACCACCUCUCAUCCAAUAACUCGAACUCACCCAGUUACUAAGCGAAAGAGUUUAUUUGUUAAUCAUCAAUUUACAAGGUACAUUGAGGGCUUCAAAUCAGAAGAAUCUGAGUAUUUAUUGAACUUUCUAUAUGAUAUCAUUGGCAAGAGUGUUGAUACUCAUGUGAGAGUAAAGUGGGAAGAUGGAGAUAUUAUUCUAUGGGACAAUCGUCGAACUGCCCAUUCAGCUCUUCUGGACUUUGAGCACCACCAGCGUCAUGCUUUCAGGUACACUCCUCAAGCAGAAGUCCCACAAGAGUAG